UAAAAAGUGUCGCAAGUAUUACAGAGAGCAGUACUGUGUGCGUGAUUCUAACACCAGACACAGUCAGCGGCGGUAACUGUACUUGGACAAAGUUGCCGAAAUGCUCUUGCCAGAGAUAUGUCGUAUGUAACAUAUGUGUCUGUAAUACGGUACAGCGAGCGGCGUCGUGAACUUCUGUAUGAUUGUUAGUGUUAGUCGUCUGAUAUGUAAUUGCACUACAAUGCUGGAUAUUGCUUAAAUGUCAAUGUGUUCUUUUGUCAUAUGUGUAGACACGUGCGGGAUUGCAGUAGCUUGACACUGACGGCCAAUUCUAUGAUGUGAAAAGUCUUGUGUGCAUUCUGUUGACAGAUGGAGGACAGAGCAGGUUUCAGGAGCUUGCUCCAGAUGAAUGCAGAGGAAUUGGAGUUUAUUCUCAAUAAAGUGGCCCCCUUGAUAACCAAGAUGCACACCAAAAUGAGGAGAGCCAUCACUGCAAAGGAGAGACUGGCAUUAACUCUGAGAUUCUUGGCGACAGGAGAAUCAUUUUCAUCUUUGAGUUUCCAGUUUCGGGUGGGAGAAUCCACCAUUUCCAUGAUAGUGAGCCAAACAUGUGAAGCCCUGCACCGUACACUCCAUGAUGAAUAUCUAAAGACACCCAAUACAGAAAAGGAGUGGCUGGACAUCGCACAAGACUUUCUUCAGAAAUGGCAGUUUCCCCAUUGCCUAGGGGCUAUUGAUGGAAAGCACAUCACUAUUCAGCCACUAGCACACACUGGAAGCACGUUUCGGAACUACAAAGGACGCUUCUCCGUGUUGCUGCUGGCUGUAGUUGAUGCCAAGUAUCAGUUCAAGUAUGUCAACUUGGGAGCACAGGGCAGAGCAUCUGACGCGGGAGUAUUCGCAGCAUGUGAUUUAAAACAAGCGCUGGACAGGAACCUCCUCAGUAUUCCUGCAGCAAAAUCGCUCCCAGGCUCUGACAUGGAAGUGCCUUUUGUGUUUCUCGGGGAUGACGCAUAUUCUUUGCGAUCUGACCUCAUGAAGCCAUUCCCAUUUCGCCAGCUGGACUAUGAGCAGAGGAUUUUCAAUUACCGACUUUCUCGUGGCCGCAGAGUGGUGGAAAAUGGGUUCGGUAUUCUCGCAAACAGGUGGAGAGUAUUUCUCUCCACAAUUGCACUCCAUCCUGACAAAGUGCAAAAGCUCAUCCUGGCAUGCGUAUGUCUCCACAACUACCUGCGAGAGGUUAGGUCAGAAACAUACACAAUUCCAGGCUUGGCUGACACAGAGACCACCGACCACAGGCUUGUGGAGGGUUUAUGGAGGAAUGAUGGCCUUGGCGCUAUGCUCCCUCUUCAAAUCGGGAGAUGUGGCAACAACCCCAUGGCUGCAAAAGAAGUGAGAGACAAACUGAAGACGUAUUUUGUCACACCUGCAGGUCGGGUUCCCUGGCAGGAUAACUUCAUUUGAUAAGGCUGUUAGCUGACAAAUCCCAAAUAGCUAAUAUAUGUAUUUCAUUUCAUUUUCUGUAGUGUUUGAAGGGUUGAUGGACUUUGUAGUAACAGAUAAAGACAAACAUAUUCUGUUUCCCCCUUGCCAUUCACAGAAUGUCAUCAUUAGAAGAAAAAGCAAACACAUUUGGAACUGAAAUGACCUUGUUUAUUCCGAGGAACUUUUCAAUAAAGAACAAUGUCAAUCA